AUGGCCUUCCCACUAUUCUCGCCUUCAAUCGUCCGUCUCGGUCUAGGCCUCGGCGUCGGUCUUUCCGUAGCUACCCUCCACCCCCUCUCCCCCUUCCGCACAGCCCCCAUCCAAUGCCAAUACAGUGCGCCGUACUACCGCCCUGAGUCGCAGGCCAAUGCAGACUCCGGCUGGGCUGUUAAAACUGAGGACCCUAUUCUCCACAAGCAGGGUCAUACGGGCAUCGCUGAGCAAGCGAAGGCUGCAUUCCUGUCGCCGGAUAAUAUGCGACAGAUUAGCAUGGGCAGUGUUCUGGGUCUGGUUGCCGGUGUCGGACUGAGGGCUUUCUCGCGGGUGCUGGUUGUCGUACUUGGUAUGGGUAUUGUGUUUAUCGAGUGGGCUGCGUCGAAGGGAUAUAACAUCCUUCCGCUGGAGCGUAUUCAGAAGCUUGUGAAGAGCGUCGAUGUGCAGCGGGCUGUGAACUCGCACCGUCCCUUCAAGUUUAGCUUCGGGACCAUGAUGGCGCUGGCGGCGUUUGCGCAAUUCUAG